AGAUGAAAAGCGCCAUCCGCGGAUGAACCCGCAUCCUCCAUGUCUAUCUCCCUCAAUCUGCUGCUCUGGCGCCCUCCUAAUCAAAGUGCGGAGAUUCCUGACUCAUACCUGCGAUCGAUCCGUCGGCAACGAUACUAACUUGCCAGGCAUCUCCCGAGUAGGAACUGAACUGCUCCCAAAAACCUCCCUGAUCGAUUAAUUGAGCUCGGUUCGCUUGCUCCGAGUUCCCUCGGUCGCUCGAAGCGGGAAAGGGCAAACCCUAGGCCGACGCCACAGCGCUCUUUUCCAUCCAUAAACCCACCAAAACGUAGACGAAAUCAAGAAAGGUGUUUGUGUUAAUUUUUGGUCACGCAGUCACUUCCUCUCAGAAAGCAAGAGAAAAGAGAAUUUUAGCAGAGGAGAUUUUGUUAUAAGAUGUCAGGCCGGAAGGAGACAGUUUUAGAUUUAGCAAAGUUUGUUGACAAGGGUGUCCAGGUCAAGCUAACUGGAGGCAGACAAGUAUCAGGGACUUUGAAAGGGUAUGAUCAGCUGCUGAACUUGGUUCUUGAUGAAGCAAUAGAGUUCCUUAGAGAUCCUGAUGAUCCACUGAAAACUACCAAUCAGACCAGGUGUCUUGGCUUAAUCGUUUGUAGGGGAACUGCAGUAAUGCUUGUAUCACCAACUGAUGGAACUGAUGAGAUCGCCAACCCCUUUAUCCAGCCAGAGGGGGCCUAAGGGUUAGCUCUGUUAUUCUUUCUUAACUUAAUUGGCAUGUAAUCCUACAUAAUUCUGGCAGUGUUUUUGCUUGUGUUGGUUUAACUAUGCUGGAAAAGUUCGGCGAGAAUUUUCUUCAAAUACCCAGGCACCUUUCAUUGUCUUGGAAUGGCAGCACUAUCAAUAUAUAUAUAUCUUGGAUAAACAUUUCCUUUUGGUAUUA